UUAAAGUUCAGCCCAUGUAGAGAUGGUCUAACCUCUAAGUUGAUGAAAAUGUGUUGUAACAGCCGAGGUUCAACAGGCCGAAUUUACUGAAAAUUUCGCGCGUCUAGUCUAUUAACAGUAGGAUGGUUUUGCAAGGCGGUAGUUGCCGAUUGUUCAGGAAAUGCAGUAACGUAGCUUUUAAAAAUGGAUUUAAUGUUGAGGAAAGUCUAUUUCGCUUUUACAUGGCAUUGCCUCAACUCUCGCCACAAGAGGUGACAACAAUUCUACAAGCCAACGAGUUUACCAAAGAGUUUACCGAGCCAGGCUCGGUAAAAAGUUAUGAUUCUAAUCAGCUGGCAUCAAAUAAUCCUAUAGAAGACACUCGUUCGGAAGCUCAAUGUUUAAUAACAAAAGGAAUUUUGUUAGGCAUUUUCGAUGGACACGGAGGUAGUGCCUGUGCGCAAGUAAUCUCUAAAAGACUGUUUCAUUACAUUACUGCGUGUUUAUUACCCCCUAAGACUCUGAAACAGUAUUUGGAUUCCUAUCGGAUUAACAGAAACGUGGAUUUAAUCCAAACAUUCAAUGAUACAGGAGAGUUUGUUGUGGAAAUGAAAGACAUUUAUCAUAAUAGUUUCAUGAAUUUACUGCAAGAUUUAGCUCGAAGCAAUUCAACAAAUGAAAUUGAUGUAGGAGCUGCCAUGGAAAAGGCUUUCCUUCGUUUAGACGAUGACCUAUCGAAUGAAGCAUUACUAAAUUUAAAUAAAAAAGAUGCUUCCAGAACUUUGGCUGUCGCCAUGUCAGGUUCGGUAGCUGCAGUUGCUCACAUAAAUGGCCCACAUUUGCAUGUGGCAGGUGUGGGAGAUUGCCAAGCAGUACUUGGUGUAUACUCGGAAAAAGAUGGCUGGUCUACAAAAUUAAUGACGGUAGAGCAUAACACUGACAAUAUAUCAGAGGUAGAGAGAAUCUUGUCAGAACACCCUCCAAAUGAAAAAUCUACAGUGAUAAAAAUGGACCGUUUGUUAGGUCAGUUGGCACCCUUACGCUCUUUGGGUGACUUUCGAUAUAAGUGGAGUAAAAAUAUGAUGAAAGAGGUAGUAGUGCCCUUUCUCGGUGAGACUGCUAUACCACAAAAUUACUACACGCCACCAUAUUUAACGGCUAAGCCAGAGAUUAAAUAUCACAGAUUAACACCUCAGGACAAGUUUCUGAUAAUAGGUAGCGACGGUCUUUGGGACCUGAUGUCACCUCUCCAGGCUGUCAAGUUGGUAGGUGAACAUAUGUCAGGAAAAAUAACGUUGCGCCCACUUAAAUUGCCUCGUAAGCACAUGAAACUAUCAGAAAUUAAUCAGAUUCUUCUGCAACGGAAAGAAGGGUUAAAAAAAAAACCUCUUGACAGCAAUGCAGCAACGCACUUGUUGCGAAAUGCCCUUGGGGGUACCGAUUAUGGUAUAGACCAUGGGAGAUUAUCCCAACUCUUGACUUUGCCGAGUGAAGUAGUACGGGUCUUUCGAGACGACAUCACUGUGACAGUCGUUUACAUGGACUCAGAAUUUUUAAGGAACUGUCCUCUGUGAUCAAACCAAAACCUUGUGAUAUUUUUGUGGUAUGCAGACAUUUAUCGUUUAUCUAAAUGACGCUGUAAACCUGUCCGUUUUAUUACAGUGUAUAGCUUGUUAUUUAUUUAAUUAACAAUAAAAACAAUUUACAUACCAA